UCCUUUUUCAUCCUUCCUCUCCACGCCAACAUGGGUGUCCAGAAGAAAUCUCGCAAGUUUGCGCAAGCAAAGAGAGCAAUCUCUCUUCGUGACAAUCGCCUGAAAGAAAAUGAGAAGACAGACAAAAAGGGCAAGGAUGAAGUUGUCAGAGAAGCUCCGCAGGCUCCAUCGUCGCUUUUCUUCCAAUACAACACAGCUCUCGCUCCACCGUAUUCCGUGCUUGUCGACACCAACUUCAUUUCCCACACCAUCCAGCACAAACUCGAGGUCAUUCCUACCAUGAUGGACUGCCUAUAUGCCAAAUGUAUCCCUGUCAUUACCGACUGCGUGCUUGCCGAAUUAGAGAAAUUGGGCCAGAAAUAUCGACUUGCAUUGCGUGUUGCGAAAGACCCCCGCUUCGAAAGAAUCAGAUGUGACCACAAGGGUACAUAUGCAGAUGAUUGCCUGGUCGAUCGAGUAAUCAAGCACCGCGUGUACAUUGUUGCGACCAACGAUCGUGAUCUGAAGAGACGCAUUCGCAAAAUUCCUGGAGCACCGAUCAUGAGCGUUGCCCGUGGAAAAUACGUCAUCGAGCGACUCCCCGAUGCCCCUGAGAAGUGAGGCACUGCCUUUCCCACUAACCUUGGCUUUACACUGGUUGGGACUGCUCGAUGCUAUCGGACAGGUCGGUUAAUGUAUCAUUCAC